AUGAUUACAACAAAUUACUCAAAUUAUUGUCUUGCAAAAAUAAAAUCAAGCUUUAAUUGUAAUUCUUCUGAAGAGAAAGAAUUAAAUAACAAUGUAGUGGGUUUAAAUGGAAAGUUAUGGAAUGAAUUAUGUUCCUUAAUUUCUGAAAAUGAAAAAGAUCAAUUCUCAACUUUAAAACCGUACUUUCUUAUCUCAGUAACGCCUUUGAAUUCAAAAUUAAAAAGUCCUUUGGAGCAAUCUUUAUUAAAACAAAAAACUCCGUUCUCUAAAUUACUUCCUUCAAUUGUUGUUUAUGGAAAAUUAAACCAUCUUGAUAAUUCGAAAGUUGGUCAAGAGGAUGAUAAUAUUUGUUGCGUGUCAAGCAAAUUUUUGAAACAAAAUAAUUUACAAGAUGAUAUUAAAGUAGAAAUCAGAAUCACUCAUCCUAUUGAAUUGGAACAAGUUAUUUUAGGAGCUAUGAAUUUAGAAUCAUAUAGUUUUUCAAUAAGAGAUCCAUCGUCAUUAUCAAAAUGUCUCACUUCACCAUCAUCGACUCCACCUAUUAUAUUUCGUUAUUCCCAAAUAUACAAUUUUUCACCAAAAUCGUCUUCAUCUUCAACUACUGCUGAGCUUCACAACAAUGAUUAUUAUUCAUUUAAAGUGUUAAUGUGCGAUCCUGUUUUGCAAGAUAAUUUUAUAGAAACCCAAUUAUCAUUACUUAAAGUUAAUGGAAGUGAUCAAUUAAAUGCAUUCACCCCUAUUGCUCUGUCAUCUCCAAUUUCAUCAACUUUGCUACAACCACAACCAAGUGAAAAAGAAGAUUCUAAUUCUAGAGUGUUGAUUGGUUUAAAAGAAUUAGUCAAAUUAGGUUUUCAAUCUGGGAGAUGGGCUUUAGUAUCUGGUCCUGAUUUUAAGAAAAGCAGAAUGUGUCAAGUUUAUUCGAUGGAUAUUCCACAAUCUUUAGAUCUUCCACAUCCAGCCGCAUACAUCUCGCCACUUUUUUGGUUUAAUCUUGGUUUUGAGGACCUUACAUCAACCAAAACUUUAUAUAUACAACCUGCAAUUAGUCCACAAUUACCGCCUUCAAUCGCAAGGGAUAUGGUAGUUUCCAGAGUACCUUCUCCACAUUCAAUUGAUAGAUCUAUUAAUGUCGCAAGUUUAGAUGGUUUAAAAAGAUGGUUUGAAGAAUUUGAUAGAAUAGUGUGUGAAGGUGAUAUUAUUGCUAUACCGAUUGAUGAGGAGGCAGCUCGACUACGGCCUCAAAAAAUUGAAGGUGAUAUAGAACUGUUAGAGAAUAUUAAGAUUAGUACAUUGUCUGUAAAACCAAAUACAAUAGUGUAUUUUAAGAUCUCUAAUCUACAGCUUAAUCAUAAAAAUAAAAAGAAAUGCCUUAUGUAUGGUUAUGGUAGACGAGUUGACACAAGCUUAACUAAAUUGUUACAGACUGGCAUGGAACACUCCAGAGUUCCAUCGAUGAUGAAACAAUAUCUCGGUAUUAAAUCUGAAACACCUAUGUUUCCAGGAACCAAUUCGGUUCUUACAUCACAAGGAACAUCGUAUAAUAAGCUUUUUGAAUUAGUAUCAUCAUGUCUUCACCCUAAAGCAAUCUCUCUGAAUCUUAGUUGCACUGUACUUCUACAUGGACCUCGUGGAUGUGGUAAAAAAACAAUUGUAGAAUGGGCUGCUGAAAGAGUUGGAGUUCAUGUUUACGAAGUAAAUUGUUUUGAAAUUGCUGGAGAAUCUGACACAAAGACUGAAACAUUGCUCCGUACAAGGAUUGAAAAGGCAAUUACAUGCUCACCAUGUAUAUUGUUACUGUGUCAUAUUGAUGCAUUGGCCAGAAAAAAUGCUAUGCUUGAAACCGGGCAAGAGCCUACUAUUUCAACUAUAUUGCAAGAUUGUUUUCGACAAUUAACUGAAAGUUUUCAUUUGAUAGGAUUUCCGGUUUUGGUGGUGGCCACGACUGUUGAUAUUGAAAAAGUGCCUGAUAGUGUCAUCGGAUGCUUUCGACACGAAAUUCAAAUUGAAGCACCAAGUGAACCAGUCAGAUUAGCAAUAUUAAAACAAUUGACAUCUGAUACACCAUUGGGGCCUGAUGUAUCAUUAACUUCUUUGGCUACACAGACAGCUGCAUUAGUGGCUAAAGACUUGGUGGAUUUGGUUGCUAGAGCAGGCUUGGCUUCGAUUGAACGUGUAGAAAAGGCAUUAAAAAAAACUAACCAAACAGUACAAGAGACAGAUAUUGCCCAAGCAAUCGUUGCAUUAACAUCGGUUGAUUUUGAGAGUGCGCUUAAUAAAGUUAGAACAUCCUAUUCUGAUAGCAUAGGAGCACCUAAGAUUCCUAAUGUUACGUGGGAUGAUGUUGGAGGACUUGUGUCAGUCAAAAAUGAUAUUCUAGACACCAUUCAACUACCAUUAGAACAUCCUGAAUUGUUUGCUAGUGGUAUGAAAAAGAGAUCAGGAGUUUUGCUUUAUGGACCACCUGGAACUGGAAAAACACUUCUUGCAAAAGCAGUUGCUACGUCAUGUUCAUUGAAUUUCUUUUCGGUUAAAGGUCCGGAGCUAUUAAAUAUGUAUAUAGGUGAAUCUGAAGCUAAUGUUCGACGAGUUUUUCAACGCGCAAGAGAUGCAAAACCAUGUGUUAUUUUUUUUGAUGAAUUGGAUUCAGUUGCGCCAAAAAGAGGAGAAAAAGGUGAUUCUGGAGGUGUAAUGGAUCGUAUCGUCAGUCAGUUGUUAGCUGAAUUGGAUGGUAUGGGACAAGGUAGUGAAUCAGCUGAUGUGUUUGUGAUUGGUGCAACAAAUCGACCUGAUUUGUUGGAUCCAGCUUUAUUAAGGCCUGGAAGAUUUGAUAAAUUGCUUUAUCUUGGCGUAAGUCAAGAUCAUGAAACACAAUUGAAAAUUAUAGAAGCCCUUUCACGAAAGUUUAGAUUACAUCCAUCAUUGGAUCUUAGAACAGUUGCAAAACGUUGCCCAUUUACAUAUACAGGAGCUGAUUUCUAUGCGCUUUGUUCUGAUGCAAUGUUAAAAGCCAUGUCCCGAACAGCUGAAGCUAUAGAAACAAAAGUUGCGAAACUUAAUGAAAAUCCAAAACCAAAUCUUCCAAACCCCAUGACAUCACAAUACUACUUGAAUCACCUUGCCACAGCUGAGGAUACACUUGUAGAAGUUACACAAGAAGAUUUUGAUAAAGCUUUGAAAGAAUUGAUUCCAUCAGUUUCCGAAAAAGAAUUGGAACAUUAUCGCAUGGUACAAAUGAAAUUUGCGCAACAAGAGACACAAAGCCUAGAAAGAAUUAACGAUAAAGAUGGCAAUGACGGUGGCGCCAACAAUGAUGUUGGUGUUGGUAAAGUAGUGGAAUCCGGGUGGCCCCUCUCCAAGAGAGAAAGUACAUCAGGCAAAAUUAUACUGUCUGUGAAAUUACGAAAACUUCUUCAAUUGAAUGAUAAAAAUAUUGAUGAGAUAUGGAAUACAUAUAAAGAAUUGGCUAGGGAGAGAAAUUUAAAGCUUUUAUACACAAAAAUUUUAAAUAGACUUUUAAAAGCAAUCAGAGAGUUGGAUAAUAAUCCACAAAGUCGUUUGAACAAAUUUUUAUGUAUUUAUAAAGAUAUGAAAGCAGAAAAUACAAAUUUGACACAAAUUGGAUUUAAUUAUUUAAUUGAAGCAUUGUUAGAAAAUAAUGAUCUAAAAUUAGCACGAAAAGUUUUUGAUGAAAGGUUUAUUUUUUUACCAGAUCUUAUCAACAAAUAUACAUCUGAAUACUACAAUGCUUUUAAUAUAAUACUCAUGGGGUAUGGGAAAUCUCAAGAAAUUUUACUGAAUGGCAAAAUAAUAAAAACGGCAGGAAAUCUUCAAGAAGUUAGUAAAUUAUAUUCAUUGAUGUAUAAUAUUCAACUCUUGCCUAACAGAGAUACUAAAGCUAUCAUGAGAAAUAUAUUUACAGAUAAUAUUGAUUUUGGGGCAUCGACAUGGUUUUGUAAUUUAAUGGAGAGAAAAUUAGUUGAUUUAAAUUUAACAAAAGGAAUAAUGCAGAUACUUGCAAGAAGGAAUAGAUUUGAUGAAGCGGUAAUAAUUUUAGAAAAAAUGAAAAUUUUGGGGAUAAAAUCAGAUCCGUAUAUAUUUUUCAUGUUGUUAGCAAAUUCAAGCUUACAGAAAAAAGACAAGAUUUCAAUUUAUUUAAUUAAAGAAAUGAGAGAACAAAAGAUUGAACUUAAUACAUUAGGCUAUAAUAUAUUAAUCAGGAAUUAUAAUAAGGAAAAAAAUUACGAAAAAGCAUAUGAGAUGAUAGAAGAAAUGUUAAAUUUAAAUGUCGAACUAAAUUUACGUACAUUUAAUGAAAUCUUUCAUACAUUUGCCAAGCUUAAUAAAGUCAAUCCAACUUUUCGUAUGAUGGAACUGAUGAGUGAAAAAGAAAUUCAACCAAACAAAUAUAUAUAUUCGUCAAUGCUUAGUUUAUUGUCAAAGACAAAAAAUAUAAAAAUGAUAGAAAAGAUAUUUCUGCUCAUGAUUGAGGAUGGAAUUGAUCCAAAUAGGGUUACAUACGAUAGUAUAAUACAUGGAUAUGGAAAUACAAACAAAUUAUACAAAUCAAUUGAAAUUUAUCAAAAAAUGAUAAACGAAGGAAUAAAACCAGAUGUUCAAACAUAUAACGGUUUGAUAUCAUUUUUUGCCAAAAAGGAUGAUCUAAUUGGAGCAUGCGUUUUGUUUAAUGAAAUGUACGAAUUAAAUUUGACUCCUGACUUAUACACAUACUCUUCUCUUUUAAACGUAUACGCAAGAACCUCAAAGUUACAUUAUGCAGAAAAGAUUCUCUCACAAAUGAAAGAAACUGGUAUCCAGCCACAUACAGCGACUUAUAACAUGUUGAUCAAGGUUUACGUUGAAAGGGGAAACAUGAGACGUGUCCAAGAAAUUAUUAAAGACAUGUUAAAAUCAUCGAUUUAUCCAGACAAAUACACAUAUUCAAUUAUUAUGAAUGGAGUUUCUAUUCAAGGCAAAAUGGAUACAGCUGUUACAAUAUUAAAACACAUGGUUUCAAAUAAAUAUAUAGAACCUGACGCUCAUAUCUACACAGUUCUCAUACGUGGUUAUUUAAAGAUUAAUAAUUUUGAGACGGCAAUAAAGAUUUUUCAAUAUAUGAUUAAUAGGAAGGUCAAGCCCACAUAUGUAACAUUUGCUGUGUUAAUAGAAGGCUAUUGUAGAAUUGGGAAGAUAGAAUUUGCUAUUGAAUUAUUGGAUAUUUUAAUUUCUCAACCUAAAUCCCAAUAUCUUGAUCCUAAAUACGAUAGUUCGAUUAUCGGCAAACUUGAUUUGCCCCCGCAUUUAUUUACACCUGUUAUGAAUGCAUAUGCAAAGAAAGGGCAAUUUAAAUCUGCAAGAGAAAUAUUUGAAAAAAUGAUAACACUUGGUAUUCCUCAUAAUUCACACUCAUUCACAAUCUUGAUGGAUGCUUAUCGAAUAGGAGGGAAUCAUGAAGCAGUAUUCAAAAUGUGGAAAGUUUUAUAUAAGAAAACACGAUCUAUUCAACUUAAGCUGAUUCGAUUGUCAGAAUAUUUUAAUAAAAAAAAACCACCGCCUAAUUUUGCUCUUUCAAUCAUGAUGGAUGCACUCUCAUCAGCGAAUGAUUAUGAGACCAUUGAAAAUGAGUGGGAUAGGCUUUAUAAUGAUGGAUUCGAAUUUGAUUCUCAUAAUUAUAACCGUUUUGCACAAAUUCUAAUUAAAUCAGGAAAAAUUAAGCGAGCAUGCUGA